AUGGCCGUCCGAUUAUUCCUGGGCUGCUCGCUGGGCCUGCUCGCCUCCGUCGCUGCUGCAGCUGCCGCACCCGCCAAUGGCACGGAUCCCUUCCAGCUGUCGUGCCUCUCCUUCCAGCCGCAGACGCACGUCUACAACGCCACGCUGACGGCCCGCGAGUUCGUCCCGGCCAACACCAACCUCACCUUCCCGGACAACGACGCAACAUGCAGCCGCGCCAGCCAGCUGGUGCCGGCCGACAUCUGCCGCAUCGCCCUGUCCAUCCCGACCUCGAACAGGUCCAGCAUCACCUACGAGAUGUGGCUGCCGCGCGAGUGGACCGGCCGCUUCGUGGCCACGGGCAACGGCGGCAUUGACGGAUGCGUCAAGUACGAGGACCUGGCCUACACGUCGCAGAACGGCUUUGCCGCCGUCGGCUCCAACAACGGCCACAACGGCACCUACGGCAAUGCCUUCUACCAGAACGACGAGGUGAUGUCAGACUUCGCCUGGCGAUCCCUCCACACCAUCACCGACGUCGGCAAGAAGCUCACCAACCUCUUCUACCAAGGCGACAUCACCAAGUCGUACUACCUGGGCUGCUCGCUGGGCGGCCGCAUGGGCAUCAAGGCCGCCGAGCACUUCCCCGACGACUACGAUGGCAUCGUCGCCGGCGCCCCUGCCGUCGACUUCAACAACCUGAUCGCGUGGCGAGCCAGCUUCUAUCCCAUCACUGGCGCCAAGGGCUCCGCCAACUUCAUCUCCGCCGACACCUGGAAGACGACCAUCCACAACGAGGUCCUGAACCAGUGUGACAGCAUCGACGGCGCCGAAGACGGCAUCAUCGAGGACCCGACCCUCUGUCACUUCAACCCCGAGACGCUCCUCUGCCGCGGCAACAGCACCGACUGCCUCAAUGCCGUCCAGGUCGGCAUCGUGCGCCAGGUCUUCUCCCCCUUUUUCGGGCUCGACGGCGGCCUCAUCUUCCCGGGCAUGCAGCCGGGCUCGGAAGAGCUCGCCGUGUCCAAGCUCUACGCGGGCGCUCCCUUCUCCUACUCGGAAGACUGGUUCAAGUACGUCAUCUACGACCCCAGCUGGGACGCCGCCACUUUCACCGCGCUCGACGCCGCCUACGCCGAGCUGCGCAACCCCGCCAACAUCCGCACGUGGCCGGCAUCGUUGGCCCGCUUCCAGCGGCGGGGCGGCAAGCUGCUGUCAUACCACGGCCAGCAGGACAACCAGAUCUCGUCGUUCAACACGCCGCGCUUCUACCACCACCUCAUGCGCGGCAUGGGCUAUUCGUACGCCGACAUGGACGCCUUCUUCCGCUUCUUCCGCGUCAGCGGCAUGAACCACUGCAACAGCGGGCCCGGCGCCUGGGUGCUGGGCCAGGGCGGCGGCGCCCCCGCCGAGGGCAUCCCCUUCGACGCCGCCCACAACGUGCUGGCCGCCAUGGUCGACUGGGUCGAGAAGGACGAGGCGCCCCGGACCAUCACCGGCACCAAGUUCGUCGACGACGAGGUCGACAACGGCGUCGCCUUUGAGCGCAGGCACUGCCUGUUCCCGCGCCGGAACACGCUCGUCGGCGCGGACCCGACCGAUCCGGACAGCUGGGAGUGCAAGUGGGCGGCCAACUGGUGGUCUGGCCCGGAUGGCGGCGCGGCGGAGGGAUUUGGUAAUCCGUGGCUGAAUGGGUUUGGAGACGGCCACGGCCACGGCCACGGCCACGGCCACGGCCCUGGCCACGACCAUGACCACGACAACGAUUACAACCGUGAGCGUGGUCACGGUCGCCCAUGA